AUGAAGUUUUCCCUCUUCGAGCCGGGCUCGGAGCAAGAAGACUCUGUCCGUGAGAUCCUGAACUUCUUCUUCGGAGUAUUGGCGCAUCCUGGUCGUCUCUUCAUCGUUCAAUGGGAUCACGGGCGUGCCUACACUUGGCCUGACAUCCAUGCCUUGCUCUGCGUAACCGACUGCAGCCACCAUUCCCGAAAUGCUGAAAGCUCAAGACGCAUCAUUUGGAAUGGUCAUGCACCAAGCGGCUCGCCCGGAUGUCACCAUCGGCCAGCAUCAAAACCCCAGUGCGACUCCCUGCCCAUCUACCGCAGCGUCCUCACCGCG